AUGACUUAUACCAGUGGUCAGUGGAAUCCUACUCGGACUUCUGGGCAGAAUUUUGGAAGUACAGUAACAUCGUAUGUUCUCGCAUGUAUGACGAGGUGUCUAUUACUUCUAGCCAACUACGAUGACUUAUACCAGUGGUCAGUGGAAUCCUACUCGGACUUCUGGGCAGAAUUUUGGAAGUACAGUAACAUCGUAUGUUCUCGCAUGUAUGACGAGGUGGUCGAUAUGUCCAAAAGUAUUGCAGAUGUCCCGGAGUGGUUUAAAGGUAGCCGUCUGAACUAUGCAGAAAAUCUUCUAAAGCACAAGGACAAUGACAAGAUUGCACUGUAUGCAGCAAAGGAAGGCAAAGAAGAAAUCCUGAAAGUUACUUUUGAAGAACUGAGACAAGCUGUAGCUUUGUAUGCUGCAGCCAUGAGGAAGAUGGGAGUGAAAGUAGGAGACAGAGUUGUGGGUUACUUACCAAACAGCAUUCACGCGGUGGAAGCAAUGCUGGCUGCUGCAAGUAUUGGUGCUAUCUGGAGUUCAACAUCGCCAGACUUUGGCAUUAACGGUGUACUGGACAGAUUUUCCCAAAUUCAGCCUAAGCUCAUCUUCUCUGUUGAAGCUGUUAUAUACAAUGGCAAAGAACAUAAGCACUUGGAAAAGCUGCUUAGUGUGGUAAAAGGGCUUCCAGAUAUAAAAAAAGUGGUGGUGAUUCCAUAUAUCUUCUCAAGAGAAACCAUAGAUAUUUCUAAGAUUCCAAACAGUGUCUUUUUAGAAGACUUCCUUGCCACUGGGAAAGGAGACCAGGCCCCCCAGCUGGAGUUUGAACAGCUGCCUUUCAGUCAUCCUCUCUUUAUCAUGUAUUCAUCAGGCACAACAGGGGCACCAAAAUGCAUGGUUCAUUCAGCAGGGGGUACGCUAAUACAGCAUCUGAAGGAACACGUUCUUCAUGGCAACAUGACCAGCAAUGACAUUAUUAUGUACUAUACAACGACUGGUUGGAUGAUGUGGAAUUGGUUAGUGACUGCACUUGCUACUGGAGCUUCGGUGGUCCUGUAUGAUGGAUCUCCUCUAAUUCCAUCACCAAAUGUGGUCUGGGACUUGACUGACAGACUAGGGAUCACCAUCCUUGGAACGGGUGCGAAGUGGCUGGCUGUGCUAGAAGAGAAAAAUUUAAAACCAUGUGAAACACACAAUCUUCAAACACUCCACACUAUACUGUCUACAGGAUCACCGCUGAAAUCUCAAAGCUAUGAGUAUGUCUACAAACACAUAAAAAGCAGUGUCCUCCUGGGAUCCAUUUCAGGUGGGACAGAUAUAAUUUCGUGUUUCAUGGGUCAGAAUGUUACAAUUCCAGUUUACAAAGGAGAAAUUCAGGCCAGAAAUCUUGGAAUGGCUGUAGAAGCAUGGAAUGAUGAAGGAAAACCAGUUUGGGGUGAAAGCGGAGAGCUGGUUUGUACCAAGCCUAUUCCCUGUCAGCCUACGCACUUCUGGAACGAUGAGAAUGGAAACAAAUACAGGAAGGCUUAUUUUUCAAAAUUCCCAGGUGUUUGGGCCCACGGUGAUUACUGCAAAAUUAAUCCCAAAACAGGAGGAAUUGUCAUGCUGGGUCGCAGUGAUGGUACAUUAAAUCCAAAUGGAGUCAGAUUCGGAAGUUCUGAAAUCUAUAACAUAGUUGAAGCCUUUGAGGAGGUUUCCGAUAGCCUCUGCGUCCCUCAGUACAACAAAGAUGGGGAGGAGAGGGUGAUACUCUUCCUGAAGAUGGCAUUAAACCAUGCGUUCAGCGAGGAUCUGGUGAAAAGGAUUCGAGAUGCAAUACGUAUAGCGCUUUCUGCCAGGCAUGUUCCAAGCCUCAUUCUAGAAACCAAAGGCAUUCCGUAUACGAUAAAUGGGAAAAAAGUGGAAGUAGCUGUGAAGCAAAUAAUUGCAGGGAAAGAAGUUGAGCAGCGGGGAGCUUUCUCAAACCCAGAGACUUUGGACCUGUACCAAAAUAUUCCUGAGCUUCAGAACUUCUGA